AUGCCUCAGGACCAAGAACACCCGCAACCUUCUCAACCUCAUCCUCAACCCCAAAACUUCUGGGACUUUAUCCCGGCUUUUAUUCAAAACCAAAACCGCCCAGGGAAUGGCGUAGAUCAUCACAACCCGCAGCCUGCAUUCCCGGCCUUUUCAGGCGGCUUCCCCUUUGCUGGACCAUUCCAUCAUGGACCACCUCACCCUCAUCACCCACCACAUGGUCCUCACAGCGGACCACCACAUCCUCCUCCUCCCCCAGGAGUAGGUCGCGGUCCUUGGGACGCUGACUUCGACUGGGGCGAGUGGCACGGCCCUGACCACUCUCACGGUCGACGAUCCCGCCAUCACGGAUGCCGCCGUCGCGGCCGCCACCACCGACACUGCGACGAGGGCACCGACGAAGAGGGCCAGCGAUCCGGCGCCGAGAAGGACAACGAAAAGGGCGAAUCCCCCGAAACCAUGGACGCAGACAUGCCCGACCCAGAAGAAGUCGCCCCCGAAGAAGCUGAAUACCCGCCUCCCCCCUACGGAGCCGGUCGUCGAGGCGGGCGUGGUUUCCGCGGAGGUGCUUUCCGACGCGGAGGACGAGGUCACCACGGCCCCGGCCCAUGGGGAAGACAAUGCCGCGGAAAUUCAUUCGAUUUCCCAGCCAUGAUGCGAGGAUUCAUGAAUCACCCUUUCUUCCAGAACAUCCGCGACCAGGCGGAGCAGUAUCGUGGUAACGCCGCCAACGACACCGACGCAUUCUCACCACCCGUUGACGUCUUCAACACAGAGACCUCGUACGUCGUGCACGUUGCUCUCCCCGGCGUCAAGAAGGAAGACGUCGGCGUGAACUGGAACCCGGACAGCAACACGCUCAACGUUGCGGGUGUGGCUCACAGACCCGGCGACGAGGCCUUUAUCCAGAGCCUCGUGUCGGGCGAGAGGCGCGUCGGCAUGUUCGAGAGGGAUGUGAAGUUGCCGCCUGUGGGGGUGUCGGAGAAGGAUGACGUGGAUGGGCUGGGUAUCACGGCGAGGAUGGAGGAUGGUGUUUUGGUCGUGGUUGUGCCCAAGGUGGAGAGGGAGUGGACUGAGAUCCGAAAGGUUGAUGUUCAGUAG